AUGUCUUCUGAUUUAUUUGUAUUUGAAAACCCAGUUUUUUCUGAUCCAUUUUCAUCAUUUUCUGAUUCUCCGGUUGACCCUUUUCAUGAUAUUUUCCAAGAAAUUCAAGAAAAUGGCAAAAAUAGUUUGAGUUUGAUUCAAGAAAAAAACUCAUUUGAUGAAAUCAAUUCUUUGGACCAAAUUGCCUCUUCCCAGUUUGAGAAUCUGUCCUUAUCCCAUUCAACAAAUGCUGAGGAUUUUGUUUUAGAAGUUAAAACAAAGGAACAUCAAUUCCCUUUUGACUGUUUUUCGGAUUAUGGAAAUUCAAUUCUGCCUGAGAUUCAUGAUGGUGCUGCUGAAUCUGCAGUGAAGUUCUUGCAGAGGAGUUAUAGCGGCAAUUCUUUCGAAAAUAAACCGAAUUUUCUGCUUCAGCCUCGAUUUGAUAAUCCUUUUCAGUCUCCAAAUUUGCAAAAUGAAAUGCUGAAUUUCCCAGAAGGCAGUUUCUUUUCUGGUGAAAUGAGAAGGGUUUGCAGUUCUGGAGAUUUACAGAAGAUGAAAGUACAAAUGCAAACAAGAAAUAUAUUGUCUUCAAGUCCAUUAUCUACUGAAGCAAAUUUUAAAGCAGGGAGGUACAGUGCAGAAGAGAGGAAAGAAAGGAUUGAUAGAUACAGAGCAAAGAGAUCUCGAAGAAACUUCAACAGGACAAUAAAGUAUGUGUGCCGUAAGACGCUGGCCGACAAUCGACAAAGAAUACGUGGAAGAUUUGCACGGAGCGAUGAAGUGCGGGAGACUUGCAAAUCAUCAAUGUUUAAUAGAUAUGGAGAAGAUGAUCUUUGGGUUGACGGUAUUCACGAAGAAGAUCGUGGGAUUAUACAUGGAAGAUUAUUCUUUGACGGCUCCUGGCCACAUCGGUAUCAGAAUAACUACUGCUGA